GGAUGGACCUAAUGUGACCUUGGGGAAUGUGUUAUCAACUGUUAUCAGUGGUGGUGAUUUGUCAGUUGUCCAUUGAGCAGUGAAGUGUAGGACUGACCUAACCUUAGACCUCUUGAUUGCCCCCUCUCUUAGUCAUGAAAGAUACAAAAACAUAUUUCAUUCUGUGCAUGAUGACUUUUGCAGUCCUAUUGGGGCUGGGUCUGUUUGCAAGUAUUUGGUGGCUUGAUGCUUCAGUUCAAGCUUCUAAAACUUCUCCUCACAUAAUUAUCAUCUUGGCAGAUGAUUUGGGAUGGAACGAUGUCAGUUUCCAUGGGUCAGACCAGUUCCAGACACCCAACAUCGAUGCCCUAGCAUACUCUGGUGUCAUUCUACACGACUACUACACUCAGCCUAUCUGUACACCAGCCAGGGCUGCCCUGCUUACUGGCAGACACCCCAUCAGUAAUGGAAUGGAGCAUGAUGUGAUAUACGCUCCACAACCAUGGGGUCUCCCACUCUCGGAGCGUAUAAUCCCACAGUAUCUACAGUCUUUGAACUACAAGUCUCAUGCAGUGGGGAAGUGGCACCUCGGCUUCUUCCACUCCAACUAUACUCCAGCCAGGCGAGGCUUUGACUCUCACUACGGCUCCUGGCUUGGGCAUCAAGACCACUACUCACAUAUGGGGUAUGAGCCUCAUCCAGGGUAUGAUUUCCAUCGUGAUUUGAACGUCAGCUGGGACGCUGCAGGUAUGUACACCGCAGAUCUCUUUACCAAGGAGGCUGAGCAGAUUAUUAGGGAUCACGAUGAUUCUCAACCUCUCUUCCUCUACCUUGCCCAUGAUCUGCCUCACGCUCCUCUGCAAGCUGAUGACAACAUUGUCAAGAGAUUCUCUUACAUUCCAGACAAAAGGAGACAGAAAUUUGCAGCAAUGGUGACAGCACUGGAUGACUCUGUUGGUUGUGUAAUGAGGUCUCUUGAGGCGAAGAACAUGUUGAACAACUCCAUUGUUCUGUUCCUAUCUGACAACGGAGGUGCAACUAAUGGAUUCAAUGGCAACGUUGCUUCCAACUGGCCUCUAAGAGGGGGCAAGGACACGCUGUGGGAGGGUGGAGUGCGGAGUGUAGGAGUUAUCUGGAGUCCUCUACUGGAGUCAACUCCCAGAGUUCACAGAGGCCUGGUCAAUGUACAGGACUGGCUGCCUACAUUACUGGAGGCUGCAGGAGUUGGCAACCAAACAUUGGAUACAAGCCAUCUAGAUGGUGUAAGUCAAUGGCCCUCUUUGCAACAGAAGACAAAACCACCGUACUCAACUAUGCUGCAUAAUGUCGACAAACAGAGGAAAAUUGGUGCACUGAGACAUGGCGACUGGAAACUCGUCACUGGUAGAACGUACAACGGAGCUUACGAUGGGUUUUACGGACGUUUGAAUGGCAAAGUGGCUUAUGAUUUGAAUAAAAUAAGGAACAGUGAAACAGGAAAUGCUGUUAGUAACACUACAUCACCUCUGCCCUGUGACUCUGAUAUCUUGAAGAUGAGGACAGCGGCUACAGUCUCGUGUUUAUCUUCCCAAAUAGCAACUCCAAAAGUGACUCCACACGUAAUUCAUAUUAGGGACACAAUGUUUAUUGUGGAUAUCAAUGAAACUGGUUCAGCAAUGCAGAGGAAAAUGAAUAAAAGAAAACAUUUAAACACUUCUAAUGAAGCUGUUCUUUUACCAGUUCCCACACAGAGUACACUGGAUGCCACCGCGUGUAAACCUCAUCUAUCCCCGUGUCUUUUCAACCUGCUGGAAGAUCCCUGCGAGAAACGGAACAUAGCGGCAGAGUUUCCGGAAACAGUAAACCAGCUGAUGUCCAUACUGCAGAGCUACCAACCUGUGGCACCAAAUAACCGACCAGAAGAUCCCCGCAGCUAUCCGAUCCAUUGGAACAACACUUGGACAAACUGGCUAGACUUUUUGUGAUGUGGAGAAAUGUUAAAAAUACACCACACCAAUAUACGUUGAAAGAACCAUGCAUAGAAUAGGUUAUGUUAUAUUUGUAUAACACUGAUAUAACAGAGUGUGUAUAAAUAUGAUCAUGUAUAGUAUGAUGAGUGAUGGAUGAGCGUUUAAGAACGAAAGAGGCCCAGAUGAUUACACUAUUUAUUCAAGAUUAAAUUUUUAUUUCAAAGACAUUUACACUUACACAUCUGGGUCCAGUAUUUAAUCAUAAAAAAAGAAUUGAUUAUUUUUACUGUUCAUCGUAUAUGAACAGGGAACUUUUUUUACAAAAUCACUUUUCAGAAAUCGGUUUCAUGCGUGUAAUAUUUUAUAAAUGCCAUUUUUGAGGGAAGGAUUGUAUAUGCAUUUGUAUCAAUUACAGUUACAUUUUAUACUGUACAGGAAACAAAAAAUAAUAUUGCUGCAAUUUUGUGGCUUUAAAGUUAUAAAUUGUCUGCAAUGUGUUAGUUAUCAAGUGUGUUUUCUUUGUAAUGGACUGAACGUGAUAUCCCACCAUAAUAGUUCGUAGAUUUUUGUUUAGUUACGUGUAGGCUGUGACUCCAAAUAUUGGCAAAACCCAAUAAAUGUAUACCAAAUAAAUUAAAUGGAUAUUUUUUCC